UUUGGGAAAAGACGUAACAGGCAGGAUGCCCCUUCAAUCAUGGUGGAUUGCUCUUUCAUCUUUAUUCAAUCGUCGGAGACGCAAUUGUCAAUUGUUUCAUUGUUAGAAGUAAAGCACUAUUUGGUGGUGCUAUUGUUUUAUCCCGUGGUUUAUACGACAGAGGAGUAUAUUUCAUCUUAACAUGGCCAGUUCAUUGUUGCUAGAGAGGUCAGUGGAACAGUUAACAAUGUCAGAACAGUUAUCGCAAAAGUGCAGUGUAUACUGCCUGUUUCCUGGUGUAGAUCGGGGGGCUACAAAAAGCCUUGGACACUAUGGCGUUGUCGUCGAGGUUGUCGACUUGGACUCGACACAGUUCCAGUUCCGACGCGGGGCGGAUGGAGAGCAAGAGCGGGUGGACGAAGAAGUCUUUGUCGCGGCGUACAUGCAGGCGAUCGAGGUGUACUUGACACAAGAGGUGGUUUUGUUGCUAUCUUGUCACGAGGCUUUGCGGAAGGCGCUUCACAAGCGUGGAGUCAAGUUUGGCAUUGGGAUGCCGGCAAAGGAGGCAAAGCAGUGGUGGAUUGCGGAUGUUAGGCAACGCGAGGAGCAGUGGCGCAGAUGGAUGUCCGCAGGAUUGGCGGAUCACUUGGAGGACAAGUUUGAUGAGUAUCACAAGAGCUGUAUGGCAGAGAGUAAUGCAGAGUUGCAUGUUUGGUCAUGCAUGGAGGAUGUUCUGUAUGGGUGUUUAACCUGGUUCCGGAAGACGUGGUCUCUGUCUGGGGCUGCACAGACUGGUCCCAUUCUUGCUGUGGCUGGCUCCUCGGAUGUCGACCAGGACGGGGAGAAGAAAUGUUGUGAAGAUGAAGAACCAGCGAACGUUUAGCUUGGACUUGGUAGUGCACGGGAGUAGAGUGGUGGAAUACAGUCGUUACCGUUUUGUUCAAGCUUGUAUACCGUAGCUUAGUAUGAAGAAUGGAAUGCUUUGUGAAUGGG